GUGUCCCUCAACCUCGAGACAGGGCUUAUAUUUUAGCUUCAGGUUCGAUACUUACCAUCAACCAACAUUCGAUACAAACAACAGCCACUAGUCACAAGUUCCAAAAUUAUUGCUACGUUUAGGUUCCCAGAUGCAAAGCGGCCUAGUGCGCCUCGGAUUCUUAACAUGUUUUUGCGUUUGGCAUCCUCCUUCCCUACCACUUCAAGCUCCCCACCUCAAAUCUUGCAACUCAACCGUUUGCGCCAAUCACACCAGACAUAAUCCAUUGAGUAUCAUUCGAGAGUCCAGAAUACUGUCACAAUCACAAAGUUUCUACCACAGUCAUAUCCAAAGUCAUGGCUGAAGAGUAUCCUUACAAGGAGGUGCACGCUCUCUUUUGCUUCUGGGACAACUCUCGCUCAAUAAAUUUCGAAAUGGAAGGCCUUGAAUCCAGUUUGCAGAACUAUGCCCUGAACUCCAUAUCACAAUUGCAUUUCAGAAGUAGCAUCAAGAACGAGAACGGCGCAGAUUUGGAUGACAUCAGAAGCUGGAUCAAGAAAUACUCGCAUCCGGAUCAUUUGCUUAUCUUUUAUUGCAGUGGUCACGGCGAGGCCGAUAAGUGUGGGAGAUUAACCCUAUACCCGCAGUUUCGGCCAGCCAAAGACCUCAUAGAAGACCAAAACUGUAUUGAGUGGCCAUCCCUGUACGAGGCACUGUGUACCCAUUCACGCUCGGACAUAUUGAUCUUGAUGUAUUGCUGCGAUGCAGCGGCAGCCAUCAACGACAUGCCUCAGGACCUCACGACGUCAAUUACCGUCGAAAUCAUCAUGGCGUGCGGGGCCAAUGAACUCGCUGGAGGUCCAGGAGUUACUUUCCAUACAGCCUUAGUUGCUACCCUGAAGAAGAUGGCUAUGAAUCGUCACCCAUUCUCUGCCGCGGUUCUUGCUCGAGAAACGGCGUCUCAAAUGCGCCGCUGGAAGAGCCGCAUCACAGUCCUGAUCGGCGAGAGACACCAUAAUCACUUCUCCAUACCAAUCUAUUUUAGAUCCCACAACGGAUCUGCGCAACGACCAAUACUCCUAAAGCCUUCCGGAGUUAAACACCCGAUCCGGCAGAGAAGGGCUAUAGCAGACAUCAUGGGCGCCGAAAAUUCAUGGCAGAAGUGAUAAUGGCGACGAUCCAGACAACUAGCCUCACCUAAGCUUAGG